AUUCUCGAGUUCAAACAUAUCAUCGCCGAACAAUUCGGUAAUGCCACGGCAGAAAGAACAGAAAUUUGGACGAUAUUUGUUGUUGGGUCUGUCCCAAAGGAGGUUACCACCCCAGAGGGAGCUGUUGACCCAGUCGACGGCCUUCUCCAACCAGAGCCUGCCAAAGCAGCCAUGAACGAUGCAAUUCUCACCCGACAACUAGCAGGACCAAACGUUCUGCUAAAUCUGCUAGCCCUUCCGGGUAUAAACAAAUACACGUCCCAGAAGCUAAGACGCAUAAGUUCCUACUAUGACCGCAGCUUUUCGGACAUGCCACGUGUGUAUAGCGUGUUCCACACCGGAACUUAUAACCUCACUGUGGUGGAUUCUUCGGCUUUCACUCCACCAGGACUUGUACUCGCCAGUAUAAAUGCGGGUCUUGCGCCAACACACAGUACAGUCAGACCCCUGUUAAGACGACAAUUUUUCCUAGAACGGACUUCGUUCCCAUACAUUGACCGAUUACACGAUUAUCGUUCUUCAACCUCUGAAUAUCGACUUGACCAGGGUUUCAUUGAUGGAUUGGUUCUAGAGACUCCGCCAAAAAAGGGAAUUUCUGUGGAGCAACGAUAUUCUGUGUCUGACGAUAUUUUUCACGGCCCCGAUUACAUCGUCUUGACAGGGGUUUGA